AUGGGUUGCGCAAUGGCAACAAACCUCCAGAACCAUCUCCGUGCUCAGAGCCAACCACCAUUGCGGUUCUGGAAUCGCACUACAUCCAAAGGGGAUACUGUGGCGAAACUUGGUGGCAUUCAAUGUUACUCUGUCGCUGCCGUGGUCAAGGAGAGUACGAUUAUCUUCAUCUCGACUAGUGACGAUGAAGCACUACAGACCAUAAUUGCACAAAUUAUCUCCACCGGAUGUCUGACCGACAAGAUUAUUGUUGACACAACCACCGUCCAUCCAGAUACAACCAAGGCUGUUGCUGCGAAGUUGGCCCAGGAAAAUGCCUUUCUGGUGUCGGGUCCUGUAUUUGGCUCCGCCCCAAUGGCCGUAGAUCGAAGGAUCCUAAUUGUCGCUGCGGGUGCUCGCUGCGCGAUACACCGAAUAUCCCCGUAUAUCAAAGGCGUGGUCGCGCGUGAUAUUCUUGAGGUAGCAAAGCAGCCAGAAAAGGCCUCUCUGCUGAAAAUCAUUGGGAACUUCGUCGUCUCGGGUCUGACAGAGAUCGUCGGUGAAGCUCAUGUACUUGCGGAGAAGAGUGAGCUGGGCUGUGAUGUAGUUGAGAUGCUGUUGGAAGCCCAGUUCGGACCUCUCCCAGCCAUGAUUUCCAAGCGGCUGACCCAGGGUGUAUAUAUGCCGCCUAGGGGCACACUUCCGUGGUCUAAUCUAGAUCUGGCUCUAAAGGAUGUUGACCACGCCCUUGGCUGUGCCGCUGCGGCGGGAACUAGAUUGCCAGUCGGAGAACUCAUCUUAGACAAUCUCAAACGGGCCAAGGUCUUUUCCCAGGAGCAGGAUCGGCAGUUGGACUCGGCGGCGUCGUACGGGAUAAUUAGAUGCGACGCGGGCCUAGACUUCGACAAUGAGUUCGUGAAGAAGAGAGAUGCAUAG